AUGGCCUUGGCGGGCCAAAGAUUAGCUCAGGCGGCCGGAUCGGUCAUAGGAUCUCAAGCAGCUGUGUUUUGGAGGCAGUUUUCCAAUCUGUCGCGAGAAGUCGCACCAGCUGCGCGGCGGCUGGCGACAGAGCCUCAGCAUGCUCUGAGCAGUGCGGACAGAAGAAUACAAUGGGUCUUUUUGGGUUCACCCGGUGCAGGAAAGGGUACAUACGCAAGCAGACUGAGCAAGUACCUCAAUAUUGCUCAUAUCUCCACGGGCGAUCUCGUUCGUGAGGAGUUGAAGAACGGAUCGCCGAUCGCGAUCAAGAUGCAAGAAGUAAUGAAUCGCGGUCAGCUUUUAUCUGAUGAUAUUAUCUUCGACCUACUAUCAAAGCGGCUAGAGCAGGGUGUUGUCACGGGCGAAGGUGGCUUCAUUCUGGACGGAUUUCCUCGCACAGCCGUACAAGCAGAAGUGUUGGAGUCUAUGACACAGAUUGACCUGGCAGUGAACCUAACCCUUCGGGAGGAAGUCCUGGUUCAGAAGAUGCUGGGGCGUAGAUUAUGCUCAGACUGUGGCGGUAAUUACAAUGUUGCCAAUAUUGACAUCCCCGCACAAGAUGGAAAGCCAGCCAUUUUCAUGCCUCCACUGCCAGCACCAGCUGGUUGUGAAGGCAAGCUUGUCCAAAGGGCGGAUGACACAGAGGAAACCGUUCUGGCUCGUCUGAAGGUUUACGAAGAACUGAGCAAGCCAGUGGAAGACUUCUACUAUGAAAGAGGUCGCUUGAUGGAGUUCGAAAUUACAGUGAGCGAAUCUCUUGUGGCCAUCCACAACAUCGCCGCGCAGAGAAUCACCCCACAUAAAGUCGCAGAAGCAGGCGAGCUCGAAGGUCAUCCGGGAUCUAUUCAAUCGCAUGCUGUUUUCUCGAGCCAUAGUCCCGAGCCGUACGAUCUUCAGGAGAGUCGCAAUCGCAACGGAAUACAGUCCCCAUCCCCUGAUGGCAAUGUCAGAAGGUUGGCGGAGGAAAACUUGAAGCAGCUUCAGGAUUCCAACUUUCCAGGGUACCUAGUUUCCUUGUCCCUCGAGCUUGCGAAUCCGGAAAAGCAGACAGAUUCUCGUCGGCUUGCUGGUCUCAUUCUGAAAAACUCUCUCGACGCGAAGGAGUCUACUAGGAAGACCGAGUUUAUUCAACGCUGGAUUGCUCUAGAUGCUGCUAUCAAGGGACAGAUCAAGGCCGCUCUGCUGGCAACCCUUGGAUCCCCAGUCCAAGAUGCUCGUCAUACAUCGGCUCAGGUUAUUGCAAAGAUCGCUGCCAUUGAGCUUCCACGGAAUGAGUGGCCUGAACUCGUCGUAGGCUUGCUCGGCAACAUGGGAUCGCCAACUCAACCGCAGCCAGAUCACCUGAAAGAGAGCACUCUCGAAGCUCUGGGAUUUGUUUGCGAGGAGAUCGCCGGGACUGACUCUUUGGCGCAAGAGCAGGUCAACAGUGUGUUGACUGCUGUUGUGCAAGGGAUGAACAAGACGGAGCCGAACAACGACAUCAGGCUGGCUGCUACGAGAGCACUCUCCAACGCUCUUGAAUUUGCCCAAACCAACUUCGAAAACGAGGUGGAGCGGAACUACAUUAUGACUGUCAUCUGUGAAGCGUCGCUGUGUCCAGACGUGAGGGUUCGGCAAGCUGCAUUUGAGUGCCUGGUGGCCAUCGCGUCGACCUACUACUCGAAGCUCGCACCGUACAUGAACGACAUUUUCCAGAUCACGGCCAAGGCGACGAGAGAAGAUCAGGAGCCCGUUGCUCUUCAAGCCGUGGAGUUGUGGUCGUCGAUCUGUGACGAGGAGAUCGAGCUACAGGAAGAGUACACUGCGGAUUCUGAAGUUACGAAUUUCAAUUUCAUUAAGCAGGCUCUUCCGGCGCUCGUUCCUAUGCUGCUGGAGACUCUGACGAAGCAAGAGGAGGGUCAAGAUUCGGAUGAAACGGCGUGGAAUUUGGCCAUGGCUGGAGGUACCUGCUUGGGUCUGGUUGCCAGAACGGUGGGGAAUGAUAUCGUUCCGUUAGUCAUGCCGUACGUCCAGGAGAACAUCAGCAAGCCAGAAUGGAGGAACAGGGAAGCGGCGACGUACGCGUUCGGAUCUAUUCUUGAGGGUCCUGAUACGGAGCAGCUGGUACCUCUGGUGAACAGCGCUCUGGGAUUCAUGCUGAACGCGAUGAAGGACGAGAAUGCGCAUGUGAAAGACACAACAGCGUGGACUCUCGGCCGAAUCUUCGAGAUCGUGCACGGAUCUUCACCGGAGAACCCGAUUAUCAACGCGACGAAUCUCCCAGCUAUCCUGGCUGUCCUGAUCGAGAGCCUCAAGGACGUUCCAAAUGUGGCCGAGAAGGUGUGCGGAGCGAUUUACUUCCUCGCGCAAGGGUCGGAAGGCAGCGAAGGAGCGCUGUCCCUGACUCCGUACUUCCAGCCGCUCAUCACGGCGCUGCUGGCGACGGCCGACAGGGAAGACGCGUCGGACUCGCGGCUGAGAUCGUCGGCGUACGAGACGCUGAACGAGAUCGUGCGGUGCUCGGGGGAUGACACGGCGGCGACGACGGCGCAGCUGACGCCGGUGAUCAUGGAGAAGCUGGCGCGAACGAUGGACAUGCAGAUCAUCUCCACGGAUGACCGCGAGAAGCAGAGCGAGCUGCAAGCGCUGCUCUGCGGCGUGCUUCAGGUAAUCAUUCAGAAGCUGGGAGGCAACGACGCGACCAAGGCGGGAGUGACGCAGUACGCGGACCAGAUGAUGGCUCUCUUCCUUAGAGUCUUCGCCUGCCGCAAUGCCACGGUGCACGAGGAGGCCAUGCUCGCCAUUGGAGCCCUUGCGUACUCCACAGGCCCCGACUUCGGCAAGUACAUGCCCGAGUUCUAUCGCUACCUGGAGAUGGGUUUGCAGAACUUCGAGGAGUACCAGGUGUGCGCGGUAACCGUAGGAGUGGUGGGCGACAUCUGCAGAGCGCUGGACGAAGCCGUGUUACCCUACUGCGACGGAAUCAUGACCCAGCUGCUCAAAGACCUCUCCUCGGACCAGCUCCACCGCAGCGUGAAGCCACCGAUUUUCUCGUGCUUUGGGGACAUUGCGCUGGCUAUUGGCGAGCACUUUGCUAAGUAUCUCGCUUACGCGAUGCCGAUGCUGCAGAGCGCGGCGGAGUUGUCGGCGCAGCAGGGGAUGAACGAUGUGUGGGACGAGGUGGUGGAGUAUAACAACCAGCUGCGCGCGGGGAUCUUUGAGGCGUACUCGGGGAUCUUCCAGGGGUUCAAGGCGACGAAGCCGGAGCUCAUGGCGCCGUACGCGGAGCACAUUCUGCUGUUCAUCGAGAAUGUGUACUUGGACAAGCAAAGGGAUGAAAUUGUCACCAAGGCUGCAGUUGGUGUCUUGGGUGAUUUGGCUGACACUCUUGGAGUUGCCGCUGCUCAGCUGUUUGCCACCCACCGCUUCCACCGGGAGUUCAUUGAGGAGUGCUUGAACUCAGAUGAAUCCAUCAAGGAGACAGCAGAAUGGGCGCAGAGCAGGAUAGCAGCCAUCACAGCCGCUUCGAAGUUGAUGGAGACGCUGGAAGGGUUAACGAAUGUGCAUUCAAGGGGUCAGAAGCUUAUUUACAAAGGGAAGAUUUUGACCCCUGACAUGUCGUUUGAGGAAGCAAAGAUCACCAACAACGCGAAGAUUAUGCUCAUGGCAACGGCUGGAGUGCAUCAAGGGGCUGGUGGUAACCAUUACACGCUUGGACAAUCAGCCAGCCACAGAUACGGCAGAGGUCUGCAACGGUCGGUUGCAGCGCCAUCGCCGGUUGCAUUGGGGCAAGAGAAGGCCAGACAACGGAUGUGGGUGCAGACAGGGAUCGUGUCUUUACGAGACAGUAACUUGCAGGUUGUUCCUGGAGCUGUGUGGGUUGCGGGCCCCGCACUACGUGUUCUGGAUCUAGGCGGCAACAGCCUUCGGAUCUUCCCACCUGCUGUAACAGCAUUGACCAACCUGCAGAGGCUACGUCUGAGCCACAACUCGCUGACAGAAAACACCAUAGCCUGGGAAGCCUUGACUCGGCUCCCCAACCUCAUGGCUCUCGCUCUCGACCACAACCAAAUAGGGCUGAUUCCGUCCAUCAUCGGUCAGCUCUCCUCGCUGAAGAGACUCGCGCUCAGCCACAACGCCCUCUCCUCUCUGCCGCCAGAGAUUGGCCAGCUGAAGAACCUUGAAUGGAUCGAUGCUGCUCAUAACAGGUUGGGGAUCAUCCCACCUUCCAUGGCAGAAUGCACUUCCCUUGCAGAGGCCAAUUUCUCGGCGAAUUUCAUCUGCCACGUGCCAGCUGCCCUGGGUAGACUCACCAAUCUGAAGAUUCUUCUGCUGAGCAACAAUGCGAUCAAGAACUUCCCUUCUGAGGUGCUAACAGGGUGCACGGAGCUCUUCACUCUUUCCCUGCAUGGGAACCAAAUCACCAUUGACCAAUUGCGUGAGAUUGAGGGGUGGGAGGAGUAUGAUGAGAGACGGCGGGCCAAGUACAGCAAGAGGCUUGAGUUGCAGGCGUUGGCGUCGUCAAGUGGGUUUGAUGAGGGCGCUGAUGCCCACCUGUGGCACAAUUGGUGA